ACAGAAAGUAAACGUAAAGUAAAGAGAAGUAUAGGAAAAGUUUUAGAAUUAUUCUGUGAUCAUUUACAGUGUAAGUAAAGAAAAUAGAUAGCUCGGAACAGAGCAACAGUUAAAAAUUUUUGAAAACUCAAUUAAAAUCAAAUUGUCCAAUUCAUUCACGACGAUUGAUGUAUGCAAGGUGAAUCAAAAUAAACCAACAACAACAAGAACAACAAUUUACUCAGCUGGUCGAUUAAUUUCAUUAAUUUUCACGGAUCGUUGCUGUACUGUUAGUCUUUACACUUAUAUCUUACUUUAAACAUGUCAUCGCCUACCAAGAGCUGGUCGAAUGGUAUGCCUAAAAUUGGAAUCAUCGGCGGUGGUAUGUCCGGUCUGUGUGCCGCCGUUCGCCUACAGCAAAAGUUGGGAAUCACAUCAUUUACGAUAUUCGAGAAAAAUGCUGACGUCGGCGGCGUAUGGUUGACACAUACGUAUCCAGGUUGUGAAGUCGACAUUCCUGGACAUUUCUACAGUUACUCUUUCGAACCAAAUUCAAAUUGGUCUGUCAACUAUCCACCCCAGCACGAAAUACUGGAAUAUCUACGUAGCGUCACAGGAAAGCACCGAAUCUACGACCACAUAAAGUUUCAGCAUGAAGUUAAGACGAUGACUUGGAACGACGACCUGAAGAAAUGGAUUCUCGAAUAUGCCGAAGUUGAUGCUUCUUCCGUCGGUGCUGACAGCGAUUUGAAGACUCAGAUGUUCGACAUUGUUAUCAUGGCACUGGGCGGGCUCCGCAUCCCAUGCAUUCCAAACGAAUUGAAAGGCUUUACUGGACCCACGAUGCACACGGCCGAAUGGAAUCACGAAAUUGAAUUGAAAAAUAAGAAAGUCGCCGUGAUCGGUAGUGGGGCGUCGGCCAUUCAGGUUAUACCGAACAUAGUCAACGAUGUUCAGACAUUGCACUGCUAUCAGCGAAAGGCGGCAUAUGUUAUUCCCAGAACACAAUUUUCUUUCCCGAAUUUUGUGAAAUUUUUUUUCUUUUACAUUCCGUUCAUCAUGUGGCUGUACCGGUGUUUGAUUUUCAUGCUGCACGAAAUAUUUCACUCAGCAUUCGAUCGUGGCAGCCUAAUGCACAGAUUGAUGUGUAGAAUAACCAAAAAUUAUCGCGAACGUGAACUGAAGGCGCACAAGGACUUGAGCGACGAUCUGACCCCAAAAUACAGUUUCGGAUGCAAACGAGCACUCAUAUCUGACGAGUACUAUGCUGCAAUGACGCAACCCAACGUCCAUCUACACAUGAGCCACAUUGACAAAAUUGUUGGUCAAACGAUAUACACCAAAGAUGGAACGAAAGAGGAGAUCGAUAUUUUAAUAUUGGCCACAGGCUACAACGUCUAUGACUACUUCAGCCCAUUGAAAGUGUUUGGAAAACAUGGCCAGAAUGCUCUGCAAACUUGGUUUGAUAAUGAGCCCCGAUGCUAUUACGGUACCGUGUUCAAUGCUGCGCCGAAUGCUUUUGUACUUCUUGGACCUAAUUCGGCACCAUCUCACACCUCGGUUAUUUUCACGAUCGAAUGUCAAGUCGAUUUUAUGAUCAAUGCCGUUCGGGAAAUGAUGCGCCGACACGCUACAGUGAUGAAUGUCAAAACGUCGGCUGUAGAUGAAUUUAUGGACAAAUUGAGAGCGGAUAUGACAAAGAAGGUGUGGUACGAGGAAGACUGUGGCUCGUGGUGGGCCAACUCAAGGGGUGCCAUUGUAUCUCUGUGGAGUGACUAUGCCAUCACCUUUUGGAGGCAGACUAGGACCAUUGACUGGUCCAAAUUUGAAAUUAAUUGAAGAUGAUGUGUCACUGAGCUGUCAAUAAAUAAAGUGAUUAUAUUUGUUGCAACAACUACAAGCUUAACGCGCACUUGUGGCGAAGCAUUUUACAGAAAUGACCGAUAGAUUUAAACACAGAGCAACAAGUAGCGUUGGUAGCUUCAAUAAGACCGAAAAAUGUCCAGCUCUGACCAUCAAGGAUUCCUAGAUCCUUACCAAUCAGCGGGUUCCAAUCACGGUCAAUGACCUUACAUGACCUUUUAUGCGAAGGUUGACGCACUUUUUACGAAAUCUAAACAAAAGGCCCUGGUGAAGCUGAAUAGGCCUAAGAAUUUUGGUAUCAAGUCAAUGAAAAAGAUUAGUCGAAGUUGGUCACAUCAGUCGAUGACUAAUACCAUUUAGUCCAACGUCAUUUAGUACAUUUAGUCAAGAAGUGCGUCAUCCCUCGCUUUCAUGAUGUUGUGUCGCCAUCAAUAUUUAAAGUGAGAAACCGAAAUUCACGUACUUACUCAACUA